GGGAGUGUUUCUCCGUCAAACAAAAACAUGUCUGAGUGUGACAGGCUGAACCGUUAGUUAGAAGCUUUCAGCCAUCCGCUGUCACUGCCGCUGGUCGUCGAUCCGACCGAUUGCUUUAUGGUUCCUGUCGUGUCCACGGCAGAUAACCCAGAGAGAUGCCACAGAAAGCACUGGGAUCCAUUGUAGGUCUUCUUUGUACCGGGACCUGUCUGGUGCAGGGAAAAGAGUUUUGUUCGGGGGUAAAUAAUGAACAGUACCGCUGCGAGAUGGGUUACUGCUGUGGGGAGACAGAAUGCUGCACUUACUACUACGAACUAUGGUGGUUCUGGUUGGUAUGGACGCUAAUCAUAAUGCUCAGUUGCUGUUGUGCCUACCGACACCGGAGAGUUAAAAUGCGUCUGCAACAGGAGCAACGGCAACGUGAGAUCAGCCUAAUGGCCUAUCAGGGUGCUUCCAGCUCCUUCAUUACACCGCCACCUCUCAAUUUAAGGUUUUGGAAUGACUGCAAGCUUCCCGACUACGAAGAAGUUGUGGGUCACCCGCCGACCCCUCCUCCCCCAUACUCCGAAAACCCUCCUGAGUCAGCUCCGGCGGCCGCUCCUCAAGUAAGCCAGCCGGUUUCUGUCUCCGUGCCACGAAUGUUCCCUGACGCAGAGCCAGCGGUGCACCAUCAGGCAUCGGGCGUCUCCUCAGACGAGGGGGCAAUGUCACAAGCUGACCAACCACAGAGCCGGGAAGAGGAGAGCGUAGAUGUUUUGCUGUCGGGGGCGGCGGCGGGGGAGGGGGAAGAUGAGGAGGACGACGAGCUCGUAACCCGACGCCGGCAUGUGACCGGCGACUCAGGGAUUGAGGUGUGCGUUUGCCAGCUUGAUGUAGACGAGGGAUCAGGGCCGGAGGAGGAAAGCGACGAGGAAAACCGGAUGUGCAAAGGUGCCGGGAGGGACUGCUGCUCCGGACGCCCGCAGGAGACCUUCAGGCAGAAGGAGUGCACCUCGGAGCUGCCAUGCCAGUCCGCCAACACCAGCACUGGAGACCACAUGGUGUGAUCUACAGCAUCAACAACCAGAAAACUAAUGCAGCUUCCAGCUUCACACAGGGCCAUAACUAUCGCCACUGUCAUUGGCACAGGGGAAAUGGCUACGCUUCAUUUCCCUGAACUAAUAUUUGCAAAAUGAUGAUGUUAACUAAUCAGUUCUGGCUUUUGUUUAGGAUUGAUACAAUAACAAUGUGGGCAAGGCACGGCUUAUUCCCUAUACUUCUCUUAGCGGGGGGAUCCAGCAAACGUUCUGCUUCUCUGCCGGGUAUAUUUCUACCCUCUGUUCAGCGUGAAAACGUCACUGAGUGGUGAAAAAGAAAGGAAGCGGCCAUUUUGGACUGAAGGCGGAAUUGACCAUUUCUCUCGUCAUGUCCCGCAGCGCUGCUUUCACGUUUCCGUUCCAAAACCCUCGUAGGUCAGAACAUUUCCACCCUGCCCUCCCAACUGAGGUUUGAAGCAUGCUGCAAAACGCGGCAAAACAACGUUUCUCGGGUCUCCCCAAAGACUGAGCACGUUUGAGGGAAGAACAAACAUUUUCAGCAAUCAGCUUGAUUUUGCAAAAAUUUAAAUCAGAUUGUUAUUAUUAUUAUUAUUAUUAUUAUUUUGUUUUUUGUCCUUCCCGAAGCCGUUUAAUGUGCAUAAGAACUGAGUGUUUGCUGUGAAAUCUAGGCCACAGCUGCACAGUGAUGUCAUCUCUGAGGUCAUGGCCACCCAUGUUGGGGCGGAGGGGCUAAAACACUUGAGCAGAGAAGAGAUCCGCUUCUUGUGUUUUAAAUGUCACCCUGUUUUUUUUCUCCUUAUGUUUUGAUAUCAUAAUGUUGUCACCAGGCCUGCUUGUUAUCUGGUUAGAAUGAUGAAAGUGGUGCUCGGCUUUGUAGUGAUUUAUCGAUUGUCUGCAUGUAUGCAUGCGAUCUUCCCCCACUUCAGUUCCUAGCUGCAGUAAAUCCUUUGUACUAACAAUAUGGGCAGGUUUUAAGUCAAAAAAAGGUCUUGAGGGGAGAUCUAUGUUAUGUUUUAUUUAACUUGUUAUCGCUGAGGGAAUUUUUAUUGUUCAGCAUGUUGUUUUUUUUUAUGUCAAUAUUGAAGGACUUAGUUGCUCUUUGCUUUUUCACCACAUAACCAGCUCUGCUUUAGUAAAUGCCACAGGUGUCAUGAUUCCUUGCAGCAGAUUUUCUGUAUGCGGGUGUGUGCGGUUGACAGUGCAGUGACGAAAUUAUGAAAUAUGCUUUUGAGAUUGGUGAGGUAAAAAUUUGAAGCACUGAUUUAGAUUUUUUUUUUCUUUUUGCACGAGGCAUGACUUGGUGUUUUAUAUUUGAGUGAAUUAGCAUAUUCCGUCAUUUUUUAAUACUUGCUUUGCUCAUCACUUCCAGCAGUCUUACCCUAUGGCGACUGAGGAACUCAGUUUAAAUAUUUUUAGGGGUAAAGCGGUGGAUUGAUUCCCUUUUUGAUGUCUUGAUGUAGUUUUCUUGAUGAGUGCUAACUAGGUAGCUGGUGCUGUCGUGGGUUUCUGUUCUUUCUAUGUGAGGGAUUUGCAGUGGCAUUUUUCCACUGGCAGCAGAGGGCCAGUACAUUAGCAAGCUGAGAUGGUUGCAAGCUCUGCUCGACAGUCGAUUUGGUCUUGGCACGACCACAGAAAUGCUUGUAAUGAACUGCAUGUUCCGCACCAAUGCAUGCGGCUUGUUUUCCCGAACUGCAGUUUGUUCGCUUGGAAUAUUAAAAAAAAAGAAAAGAAAAAAAAAGCAGAUGGGGAAAGCUGCGGCAUAAUGAAGUUCCUACACGGACGUUCUUCCGUCUGAAACAAGUUAUUGUCAGGAAAUAAACCUUAAAAGAAUGAAGUUUGGGAAAAAGAAGAAAAGAAGAUCAAGCUUUUUAUACAUCUGCUCUGAUUGUGUGUAAAAACUCAGGUCAUCUGACAGCUUAAGUGCACGCAUGCACCCACAAUGCAAUGCUCUAAAGCUGCAUCUUCGGCAAUAUCAGUGGCUUUAAUACUCCAACCAGGCAUGGGCAGCUAGGAGAUUAUCAGGGUGUGAAAUAGAACAUUUUAACAAUAUGUACACAAAAAAAGCACUUGCUAAAUUUAGAAGUGAAAAAGCGUAGUAGCUCUUUCCUUACCAGCUGAAAAGAAGUAUGCAGCAACAAGUGGGGGUGGGGUGUUUGAUCACAGUACGCUAGGAAAAGUUGGACAAAUCUUUAGCCUUGAUCCCGAUAGCUGGUCCAUGCCUGUUUGUUUUUUAAAAUGGGUUCAGUGCCUGAAUCAGACGACACCAGUCCAACUUUUGCACAACAAGUUUACACCAUGGCUUCAUAACGAGGAGGAACACUUCAGUGUUGCUCGAGAAAAAAGUUCUCUUAUUAGUUCCACACAAACACAUAAAGUCAUUUUGUUUGUGCACAUCAGAAUGAAAAUGUUUCCUCUCUUCACCGACCAGCAGCAGCUUUUUAAAAAUUUGUAAUUAUUUUUCUAGGCUGUGGUUGGUUAGGCUACAGAGUUGCUGCGGCUAGAAUGUUGCAGAGGAACACGGCAGAACGAAUGAUGCACACACGCACCGCGGGCUGGAACUGUCAAAAUGUUCCCAGUCCUUUUGUUGCAAUAGUGCUGCAUCACCUAACAGGUGCUUGAACACGAAGCCAUUCUGACAUGACCUUUGCAGAGGAGCGGUUGCAAUGUGAGCAUGCCUGCACACCCCUAAGCAGAUUUGAUACACCGUGUUUUUUUCUUUUUGUUUUUUUUUUCUUGACAGCACACCUUAAGCUGCCUUGUUGAAUUUCUAUAGAGCCGAUGUCUUGAUUAGAGCUGCACAGAUAAUAUAUAACCUCUGUAUGUGGAAACUGGUGUAAUACUGCCUUAUUAGAGUAGAUGUAGUUGUCUUUUUUAUAUAUAAAUUGUAAUAUUUGUGCAAGCAUGGUUGUAUUAGAGAGCAAAGGAGCACUGUUGUGUUAGUAGAAAGUAGCAUUUAAUCUCGUUCUGGAAACGUUUGCAGGCUCUGUGCUUAGAGGAUGUGGCGUACAUUUAAAAGCCACCGAACUGAAGUGGUUUUGUUGCUGAGAAGUGGUUGUUGAAUUUAAACAAUACUGUGUGUAAUUAUAGCUGUGGCACUGAUGAAAUGUGUUCAGACCAGAUUUAUUGUGCUCAGUUUUGCUUUUUGCUGUCCUGCGCAUUAGAUCGAAGCACCAGGAAGCAAGAUUGUUGCUGUUACUGUUUUAUUUUUAUUUUUGGAAAAAGACUCACCGAUGUUCACUGUGCCUUGCAAAAAUAUUCACACCUGCUGAAGUUUUCCACCCGCAUUCAUCCAACAACCACAAAUUGUUUUGUGGUAUUUAAUAUCACAGACCGAUACGAAAUAGUGCGUAAGUAGAAGGAAAAACAUGUAUGGGUGUCUAAUAUCUAGAGAUUUUUUUUUUCACAAAUUCUUUGAAAAUUAAGUAGUGAUUUUUAUUUGUUUGUUUCUUUGUCCAGACUCUAACUGGACCAUUCUGUCACAUGGAUAUGUUGUGAUUUAAACCAUUCCACCGGAGGUCUUGCUGUGUCUUUAGUGUCGUCUUACUGGAAAGUGAAUUUCCCCAGUCUAAAUAGUUUUUUUUUUAAAACACUUUUUAAGAGAUUUUUCUCCAACUCUGAACUGCCUCACUGGUCAAACGCAUCCCCACAGUAUGACCCUACCACCACCAUGGUUUGCAGUGGGAACGGCAUGUUCGGUUCGCUGCGCCAUGUUUGUUUUCCACUAUACGGAUCCCACCGGACCAGAACCUUUCCUUCCACAUGACCGCUGCGUCUCCUACAUGACUGAAUCGUCAUGGAACCAGAUUCUGAGGCCUUUGAUGAAAUUGUACUCAGGUUGACUCUGUUUACAAAAUGAUGUGAUUUCAGAAGGUCAUUGGUUGUCCUUUUGAUUAGAGGUCUUUGAGAAAAUCCAUGUGGAUACCUCACAUUUUUCAAAUCUUUUGUUUGUAAA